UACACCAUCUGUUGUACACCAAAUGCACACCGCAUUGUGAGAGACCGAGAUAGGGAUCUCACACAAAUGAUUAGAGCAGCUCAAUUUGUUUAAAAUGCAUUUUUAAGGAUUUUUUUUAAAAAUCAGCUCAGUUGGAUAUUAGUUGGAUAUUAGUAGAGGCAUCGAUUCUUCACUCAAUUUCUUAAACAAAUUGAGCGGCUUCGAUCAUUUGUGUGGGAUCCCGAAGUGUUUCCCACAACAUGCGGCGUGCAACUGAUGUACCCCAACUGGCGUACCCAUAGAAGGACUCUUUCUUCAUCCUCAAUCUCAAUUACCCAGAUUCAGUCUUGCGGAGACUGAGAGCUGGGGUUAUGACGACUCGGAAUUUGGAGAAAUUGGCGUCGAUCGAUGCCCAGUUGAGGCUUCUGGUUCCUGGAAAAGUGUCUGAGGAUGACAAGCUUGUGGAGUAUGAUGCUCUGCUAUUGGAUCGGUUUCUUGAUAUUCUGCAGGACUUACAUGGGGAGGAUCUUAAAGAGAUGGUCCAAGAGUGUUAUGAACUUUCUGCUGAGUAUGAAGGAAAGCAGGAUCCCAAGAAGCUAGAAGAUCUUGGGAAUGUUCUGAUGAGUUUGGAUCCUGGGGACUCAAUUGUCAUUGCUAAGUCAUUCUCUCACAUGCUUAACUUGGCCAAUUUGGCGGAGGAGGUCCAGAUCGCUUUCCGUCGACGGAUCAAGCUGAAAAAAGGUGAUUUUGCCGAUGAGAAUUCUGCAACAACUGAGUCGGAUAUUGAAGAAACUCUCAAGAGACUUGUGGUGCAACUGAAAAAGUCCCCUGAAGAAGUUUUUGAUGCUCUGAAAAAUCAAACUGUGGAUCUGGUUUUUACCGCCCACCCAACCCAAUCUGUUCGCAGAUCUUUACUUCAGAAGCACGGAAGGAUUCGGAAUUGUUUAACUCAAUUAUAUGCAAAAGACAUCACUCCUGAUGAUAAGCAAGAACUUGAUGAGGCUUUGCAGAGGGAGAUUCAAGCUGCCUUCCGAACAGACGAGAUCCGGAGGACUCCCCCUACCCCACAAGAUGAAAUGAGAGCAGGAAUGAGCUACUUCCAUGAGACAAUCUGGAAGGGCGUUCCUAAAUUUCUACGGCGUGUGGACACAGCUCUUAAGAACAUUGGAAUAAAUGAACGUAUUCCUUACAAUGCCCCCCUUAUUCAAUUCUCUUCUUGGAUGGGUGGCGAUCGAGAUGGAAACCCUAGGGUUACUCCUGAGGUCACGCGGGAUGUCUGCUUAUUGGCUAGGAUGAUGGCUUCUAACUUGUACUAUUCCCAGAUUGAGGAUCUCAUGUUUGAGUUGUCGAUGUGGCGUUGCAGUGAUGAGCUUCGUUGUCGAGCUACUGAGCUUCACAACUCCUCAAAGAGAGAUGCAAAACACUAUAUAGAGUUUUGGAAGCAAGUACCUGCAAAUGAACCCUAUCGUGUUAUUCUUGGUGAUGUGAGGGAUAAGCUGUAUCAGACUCGUGAACGUUCUCGCCAUCUAUUAGCCAAUGGGAUCUCUGACAUUCCUGCUGAGGCAACUUUUACCAAUGUUGAGCAGUUCUUGGAACCUCUCGAAUUGUGCUACAGAUCUCUCUGUGUUUGUGGCGACCGCGCAAUUGCUGAUGGAAGCCUUCUAGAUUUCUUAAGGCAAGUAUCCACCUUUGGUCUCUCACUCGUGAGGCUCGAUAUCAGACAAGAGUCGGACAGACACACCGAUGUGAUGGACGCCAUCACCAAGCAUUUGGAAAUUGGUUCCUACCGUGAAUGGUCCGAAGAACGCCGACAGGAAUGGCUUUUAUCCGAACUCAUUGGAAAACGUCCUCUCUUUGGGCCCGAUCUUCCGAAAACUGAAGAAAUUGCCGAUGUUUUGGACACAUUCCAUGUCUUGGCAGAACUCCCAGCAGACUGCUUUGGAGCAUACAUCAUAUCAAUGGCCACAUCACCAUCUGAUGUGCUCGCAGUGGAGCUUUUGCAACGCGAGUGCCAUUUGAAGCAGCCGUUGAGAGUUGUUCCAUUGUUUGAGAAGCUCGAUGAUCUGGACGCCGCUCCGGCUGCUGUCGCACGCCUUUUCUCGAUCGAUUGGUACAGAAACCGAAUUGACGGAAAGCAAGAGGUGAUGAUUGGGUACUCAGAUUCGGGUAAAGAUGCUGGACGACUAUCGGCAGCGUGGCAAUUGUACAAGGCUCAAGAGGAGCUUAUAAAAGUUGCGAAGCAAUUUGGCGUGAAGUUGACCAUGUUCCACGGCCGAGGUGGGACCGUGGGAAGAGGAGGCGGCCCCACCCAUCUUGCUAUCUUGUCUCAGCCUCCGGAUACGGUUCACGGGUCGCUACGUGUUACGGUUCAAGGCGAAGUCAUUGAGCAGUCGUUUGGGGAGGAGCACUUGUGUUUUAGGACGCUCCAGCGUUUCACUGCUGCUACACUUGAGCAUGGGAUGCACCCCCCGGUAUCACCGAAACCAGAAUGGCGUGCGCUGAUGGACGAAAUCGCUGUUGUUGCUACGGCUGAGUACCGUUCAAUAGUUUUUCAAGAGCCUCGAUUUGUUGAGUAUUUCCGCCUUGCUACACCAGAGACGGAGUAUGGUCGGAUGAAUAUUGGUAGCCGCCCAUCGAAAAGAAAGCCAAGUGGAGGAAUUGAAUCCCUUCGUGCAAUUCCUUGGAUCUUUGCCUGGACCCAAACUAGAUUUCAUCUCCCAGUAUGGCUUGGCUUUGGAGCAGCAUUCAAAUAUGCCAUUCAGAAGGACAUUAAGAAUCUCCAGAUGCUGCGGGAAAUGUACAAAGAAUGGCCUUUCUUUAGAGUUACAAUUGAUUUAAUUGAGAUGGUGUUCGCCAAGGGAGACCCUGGUAUUGCCGCUUUGUAUGACAAAAUCCUCGUUUCAGAAGAUUUGUGGUCAUUUGGAGAGCGUCUGAGGGCCAACUAUGAAGAAACAAAGGGCCUUCUGCUCCGGAUUGCCGGACAUAAGGAUCUCCUAGAAGAUAACCCCUACUUGAAGCAGCGGCUUCGCCUUCGCGACUCCUACAUCACCACUCUGAACGUGUUGCAAGGGUACACUCUAAAGCGGAUUCGUGACUCCAACUACCAUGUGACGUUGCGCCCCCAUAUCUCGAAGGACUAUGUCGAUUCAAGCAAUUCUGCUGCUGAACUUGUGAAGUUGAAUCCAACAAGCGAGUAUGCUCCCGGUUUGGAGGAUACCCUUAUCUUGACCAUGAAGGGUAUUGCUGCUGGGAUGCAAAACACCGGUUAAUAUGUUUUUCGUUUCCUUCUGUCUAUAUAUGUUCUACCCGGCAACAUUCGUUAGUCCUGUGUCGGAAAACUAAGAUAUCUGUUACAGGCGGUAAAAUCCGAGUUAUUCGGAGAGACUAUGUUUUAUUAAGGUUGAGUUAUUAUGUAAUUGCACAAGGCAUGUUGAUCACACUGCUAUUGUCAAAUAUGACUCUUUAAGCUUAUAACUAAAUGAAAUAAGCUGCAUAUCAGUGGUGCCAUGA